AAGACGCGUGAGCCACAACAAUAACACAGCUAGCUACACUGAGAAGAACACCUCUGAAAUGUCCCGAUUUUAGCUCGUAAAUUCUGUUUUAACACAUCCAGGCAGAACGUUUCCGUGAAUAGAAUCUGAAAUAAAAGUGCAUGGCGGUGAAUCCAGACGCCAUGUUGUGAAAAAAAUACGCUGUCGUUGUGACGCGCAGACGAUAUAAAUUAACGUUAAGCUAAGUGGUUUAGCUUCACCGUUAGCUUGUUUACACUCGGUCCGGUUCUCUUUUCCAGUUUUCUGUUUAAUGUCACUGGUCUCCGGUACCGCGUGCAGACAUGGAGAGCUUGUACAAGCGGAAAAUGUUCGCGUCGAUGCGGAAAACCAAGGUGGCCGCAUCGAAGAAGCGCCAGAUCGGCCUGCCCGCCUCCAUCCUGGACGACAGUGACGAAGGCUCCUUCUCCUCCUCCUCCUCCUCGUCCUCCGAAUCCCAGUCCGACUUCCAGAGCUCCCCGGAGGAGGACAGCGAGCAGGAGGACCGGGACCGCAGCGAUUCCGGGGCGACUUCCAGCGACGACAGCCGCUCAGUGACCCGCAGAAAGCGCUCGUUCCUGGGAGGCGACGACAGCUCCUCGUCCUCCAGCCCCGGGGAGGAGGAGGAGGAUGAUGAUGAUGAAGAGAAAGACGAUGAGAAGGAGGGCAGGAGCAAGCCGAAGAGGAUGGUGCAGCCCAGGAAGCGGAGCAGGCUGCAGCGGCAGGACGAGUCGGACUCGGACCAUGUGGAGGAGAAGCGGAAAGAGGAGGCGGAGAAGGCGAAGAAGAGGCAGAGACACAACAAGCUGCUGGCGCUGUCCCAAAGGAUGAAGGCCCGGGUCCUGAACCGGAGGAGGAGCCGCCUGAAGCAGGGCGCGGGCGACGACGAAGAAGAGUCCAAAGAAGCUGAGGCCGAGGCCGGCGGUGAUGAAGAUGGAGGCGGGGGACAAAACGGCAGCGAGAAAGAGGCAGCGGAAGGUGAUGAAGGAGACAAGGAGGAGCAGAAAGACGAGGAGGCAGGGGAGCAGGAGGAGGACAAGGAGUAGAUCCACACCGUGAUGGAGGACAGAGAGCGAGUUUGAAUGUGAAGAACGAACAGCUUAAACCUGAAGUGACUCAUAACUGUUAGUUUGUACAGUUUGUUUCUCCCGCGACAUUUAAAGUGCAAAACAGAAACACUAAGAACUGGAGUUACAAGGUCGUCACAGUCUUAUCUGUUGCUAUAGAAACAGACAUUAGUAAGGUGCUGCAAAAAGACGUACAGAUGAUUUGGACAGCUGCUGACAUCGAAAGGCGGCACAUGGAUAUGUCACUCCUGGUUCAGUGUCAGGCGAUCAUUCUCAGCGGGCCGCCCCUGCUAAUCUACUGAAUCCCAAAAUACUGCUAAUAGUACUAAUCCCAGCUGUUGGGUCUCAGAUAGCUGUCAUGUCACGUACUCCGCUGACAAUAUAACACCACAUCCAUGAUAUUUGGGUAUCAUCACCUUGAGUGGUGUUCAUUGGCUGAGAAAAGGUGUCCCUAUUUGUUUGACUUUCAGGCAUUUUGUAUUAUUAGCAACACGUCUGACACAUCAGAGCUUUCAGAGAAGUGAGUUUCAGUCAUAAUUGUAACUUGAAGGUUGCUUUUUUUUUUUAUAAGCUAUUGGAGCUAGCUUUAGCUACAUGCCUAUCUAUUCUUGGCUAGCAUAAUCAGUGCAGCCUCGUUUGAAUGCAAAAGAGUUAACCUGUAAUGGUUCAUGAUAUGUUCUAGUGUUUUUACGUUGGGAGGUGGGACAUUGCUGCUUGUCACAGGGUUGACCAUUCAUGCUAACUAGAUGCUAGUGCGUUAUGUCAAAUAGCCAUAGUCUUUAUUUUAUUCUAAUAUUACUGUUUUAUUUCCCAGUGGACAUCCGUGACAUGCUGUGUGACAAUACUGUUUUAACUCAAGGUCCACUUACUGGCUUUUUCCGGAGCUUUCAAUCUCAUCUUAUGGUCUUCAGCGAAUUUAUUGUCUUGGUUGUCACAAAAUGCUAGUAAGUAGCCCUUGAGUUAAGAUGAUUUUGUCACACAAUGAUUGCGCAGUACAAGAGUGAGCUUUCGCGCCCACUUAUGACUAAUGACAUUAAUGACAUGCUGUUUGUAACGGGCACGUGUCAGUAGGUCAGCAGCGGCAUGCUCAGAAUUGGCAGAUGACGCUAAAAUACGAGCGGUAUUCCAUGAGGCGCUUUUUGAUGUCAAGGCUGGAAGGAAGAGCAGCUCACCGGGCAGGGCUUCAUCCCUGUCAGCUGACUGUCUGCGGCAAAUGAAGAUCAAUACAAACAGUGACGCUGAACUGAAGAAAUGCUCCUUUACUGAUAAAAAGUCAAAAGGUAACAGACUGUGUCCAUAAUGAUUCUUCAGCUAUGAGUCCCAGAGAUCAUUGCUGUAAGAAACAUCCAAUGAGAGAGCAUCAAGUUCUUGUUUUGUUCCUGACUGCAGCGAUGAGGCCUUCUGAGGAUUAUAAAACUGGAGAUGAUGAUGAUGACGUGAUUUCACAGGUGUGGAUGGACGAUGGCUGCUGAGGCUUCUGGGUACUUUAGUAUUUAGAGACAUUCAACAUACCCCACUAACAGCACUCUUUUGUUGCACUUUGCGUCUCUUUCCUUUUUAGUUCAAACAAGAGAUUCAAUCAGACUGUUUCUGCAAAGCAGACUUUUAUGUGAGGUCAGAUGAUGAUGGACUGAAACACGUGUACACUUUAUUAUACAUUGGCUUUUUAUUUGUUACAGUUUAAAGGCAACAAUGCUGAAUAGGUUCAGACUGGAUGAAAGAAGCCACCUAGGUCUUGGGAAAGUCACAUUUUCAGAUAUAUUAUUGUAAAAAACAAUUUAAUUGAAAUUUACAGAUUAAUUGAUAAUGAGAAUAGUCUAUUGUUGCAGGCCUAGGUCAUUAUUUACCCAAGAUGUCUGAAAAUGUUUAAUCAGCCGUUGCACUGAAAAAAAUGCAAAGAUUUUAGGUUUAGGUGUUCACUCUUAGUUUUCUAUCCCCAAAAAUGCUCUGAUGGGACUGAGAGGCUUGAACUCUGACAGACAGACAGUGAGUGUGGAUGUCCAUUCUUGACCUUGGGGGACAUUAAAUGCUAAAGAAAAUCUCAAGGUCCACUUAUUAGCUUUUCCAGAGCUUUCAACUGCAUCUCAUGCUCCAAGUUAGUUGUUACUGCAUGAUCUACUCUAACUAUGGAAGUUUGGUCAUGGUUCAAAGAGGGUCUCUGGCGUUGAAUGUGAAUGUCGAAUGUCUCGACCAAAAGUCCACACUUAUGUCUUGUGAUGACAUCUGAGCCUUCAUGUGCAGAAUGAAGACUGUGGGAUGCAAUUAAAAGCUCUGAGAACUACCAAAGAUGGUGUGUUUAUUGCAGAAAAACAUAGAAGUAGCUGAAAUAUAAUGUAAGAGUUUGGAGGUACUUCUUACCAACCUCAGACUCCUCCUCAAAACACCUAUCAACGUCACUGAAUGGAACCUUUUCAAGUUAAAUGGCAUUACAGCUGACAGGAAGGUGGACAGACCUAUCAAAAUAAGAUUCUGUAAAAGAAACAAAAAUAGGAUUUUUUUCUGUUAUGUUCGUACAUGUCGUGAGAAAUUGUGGACAUUUCUCCUAAAUGCAGAAAACAGAUUGCAGUUUACUUUUUGAACUUGUUGAAGGCAUUUAAUUAAACUUGAUCAAUCAUUUUUGUAAAUGUUAACAUGGAAAUGUUAACAGGAAAAGAAAUGCAGUAUUCCUGUAUAUAGAAUUCAUUUGGAUGGCCCACCAGAAAACUUUCUUUGUCUAUUUAUUUCUUCCUCUCUAAUGUCCGUUACAUUGCUGCAUUCAUGUGUUAAUGUAUGAAUUUGACAAAAAAUGUCCCUUAUCAGAAGUUUGUUCUUUUUAAAUAUUCCCGUCAUUUGUUGUUUCCUUCCUAAGGGCAGUCAUGCAGAUUGGAAAAAAAAGACGUCCUAGUCAUAAAUUCAGCAGAUUUGUGCGCUUUGACAACCACAGAUAAGCUGUGAGCUUAUAAACUGUGAAUGUUUUAUAUGUCAAGUUUUCAGUCUGCAGCUGCUCCAACUGAACCUACAGAGUGUUUAAAAGCCUUGUGGCCUUUUUUUGCUUUUCGCUCAACUACUGGACUCAGUAUGUUAUACAGAAUGCUGAUGAUACACACGCGCCACAGUUGCAUAUCAGUGCUGUGUGUUUACUUGUUUUCCAGUGUAUUUCUGGUCUUUUGUUGCUGUGUAAAGCUCUUCAGACCAACCUGCCCUGUUGAAAACAACUCUUUUAUAAAUAAAGUUUUGUUUUUUGACCAACAAAA